AUGUCCACAAAUCCACCAGUCUAUCCUUCCAAUAUAAAACAUAGACCAGGUCGAAUCCAGUCACUCGAGUCUGAACAAGAAAUCGUGUUGAAGCAAUGCUGGGCAACUUUGUUGAUCCACUGGGGCUAUGCUGUUGAUUUGACCCCCGAUGAUAUUCGAAACAAAAACGCCUUUGUGGUUUCUUCCGUGAUCUCUAACAGAGCAGAAAGACACAGCAGUGCAAUUACGGAGCCGAAGAAAAAGAAAUCUUAUUUCUCGAAGAAGCUGGGCCCUGAACCAUCUUCAAAAAGACUCAGUGACACGAGAACACGCGCUUUGAGAGAAAAUCACUUCAAGUACAAGAAAGUCUUAGUUCCGUCGCGUGAUACCGUGGAAACUUUUGCUGCUCACUCCUCCGAAAGUUUGGCAAACAAUUGUGUGGAUGCAGAAGACGCGUCUCUUGUGUCAUUUCAAACAGCCUCUGAUUCGCUUGACGGUACUUUAGUAGACUUUUCAGAAGGAAAUGCAAGAAAAACAAAGAUUCUGAAGACCGAGAUGGUAGAUCCAAAAAGUCAAAAACCAGUGUUCCCGUUUCUCGCAGACUAUAAGCCCUCCGAGAUCCACAGCUGCUUCGUCGGUACACUCAAAAACGAUUUGAUUGAUAAUUUCAUCUUGCGGUUUGUUAGAGCGCGCAAGAAUAACUGCGAAGAAACAGUUAAAAUGCUAGUGAAAUCACUCAACUGGCGGAAACACGAUGUUGCAGUCGAAGAGUUGCUCCGAGAAGGAGAUGCGCCAUCUGUAGUCACUGGGGAAAACCCAGGGUUUGUGAAGAAUUUCAUGGUAAACAAAGCGUUCAUUCGGGGACAAGACAGGGACCAGAACCCGCUUUUCAUCUUCCAAUCCCGAAAACACUUUGCCCUGGACUCUGAUUUGGCCGGUACGGAACGCUAUGCCUUGUUGAUCAUCGAGUGGUGCCGGCUCUUUUUGAGAGAAGUCAACGAGUCAGUCGAUCUGUGCUCGUUGAUGUUCGAUCUCAGCGGGUUUUCUUUGAAAAACGCCGAUAACGCGCCCGUGAAGUUCUUGACCUCGAUUUUCGAGGCCCACUAUCCCGAGAGCUUGGGCGUUAUCAUUGUGCACAAUGCUCCCUGGAUCUUCUCCACGGUGUGGAACAUUAUUAAGAACUGGCUCGACCCAGUGGUUGCAUCAAAAAUACAUUUCACCAAGAGUUUCGACGACCUACAGAAGUUUGUUGAGCCAAAGUACAUUCCGAAAUACCUCGGAGGAGAUGACCAAAGAGAGCUCACUUACCAUGAGCCGGGGCCAGAGCAUACGCUGCCCUCAAAGCCCAAGGACGCGCGGUAUUAUGAGUUGAAGAUGGAGCGGGAUGAGAUUCUUCUCAGAAUCAUUGAGACAACCAAGUACUGGGUCUGCUCCACCGAUAGAGAGGCAAGCUCGCGGUAUUUGAAAGAUAAGAUUUAUUUGAGUUAUCAAUUGUCCGACAACUACAUAGCGCUAGAUCCGUAUGUGCGGAACCCCGGUGUCUAUGACCGCGACGGGACGUUGGAAAUCAGAAACUGA